GUGAAGGUCCUGGCUGACUUCCCAGCAAUGGCCGCCGUAAGCGCUUGUGGCCACGUCCAGUGGGACCCCGCGGCCACCGAGGUCUCGACCGUCUUCUCCUACGCGGUCCCAGCCUUCACCAAUGAAUUCCAGCUACGUGGCAUCGUCGACAAGGACAACUUCGUCAAGUUCGCCAUCAUCCUCCACGGCCACCACUCCCCUUACCUGCCGGUCUUCCGCAGGGACACCGAUUGGCACCACUUCUGCGUUACGUGGCAGCAACCCAACGGCUCAUGGGCCAUCUAUGCCGACGGGAAGCAGAAGGCCUUGGGCUCUGGGCUCGCCCCUUCUCGGGCCAUUGAUGGCCACGGGACGUUCAUCAUCGGCCAAGAUCAGGACUCUCUGGGAGGCACUUUCAAGGAGAAGGAAUCCUUCAGCGGGAACCUCACGGACCUUCAAGUUUGGGGCAGGUCCCUCAGUCCAGAGCUGGUGGAGAAAGUCCGCUCCUGCGUGUCCAUCCGGGAAGGUCUGGUCUUUGACUGGAGGGAGGACAUCUUAGAAGUGGAAGUCAGCGUUCAAGAGGCCACGGCGAAGCUCACCUGCCCAGGCCCCGUGGAAGAAUGCCGUGUUUUCAAAGUCAGCCAUGGAAGCCAACAUGGGCCCUGCUCCGCAACCUUACCUUUCGCCUGUCGCUACAGAAAAGAUCUUUACUUCCAGCUGAAGAAGGUCCAGUCAGAACCUGUCCCGCCGUUCAUCGCUCGUGUUAACGCCCAGGCGAAUACGACAGUGCCUCCCAACCUAUCUUCUCAAGAAGGUCUGCGUCAAAUCACCCUCACCCAUACAUGGUACAGCUAUGGGGCCCUCCAGCACCUUCUCGCCAGCAGCAGUGCUGUGUUCAAAGACUCGGCUGUGUCCGACGGCGGACGGAGGCAUCUCAGUACCCAGGUGGCCUCUUCCAUCAUCUCCUCUAGCUUGGUCAGCAACUACGAGGAAAUCAGCACGUCUGUGCGGUACCGUCUUCGGCAUCGGGUUCAGGCUUUACCAGACCAACUUGUGGAGCCAGUCUGUGCUUUUUGGAACUUCAGCAGAAGUCCUGAAGGUGUUGCUGGAGGCUGGUCGACCAGAGGUUGCUCGGUGUCUUCUUCUCAGGAGGAUCUAACCACCUGUGCCUGUAACCAUACCACCAACUUUGCAGUCUUGCUGCAGGUCUAUGAAGUUCAGAGGAGCCUCGAGGAGGAGUCCAUCCUGAAGACCCUGACGUUUGUUGGCUGUGGCGUGUCCUUCUGUGCCUUGAUCGUCACCUUGGUGCUCUUCUUAGCCGUUGGUCAGCAAAACAAGCACAUAAUUGCCAGCUGGGGAUUCAGAGAGCACAAACGAAUCCAUACGAUUCCUUUUACGUUCUUCUUCCUUGUCGUUGCACGGAGAAACUUCAGGAGCAGUCACUCCACCGUGCGGAAUGCCAUCCAGAGAAUGAGGGAGAAGAAAAAAGCUCUCUCGUUCACGAACUGCUCCCACCCUGUCAAUUACCUGUCAAGCCCCAGGAACACCUCCUGGGAGAUGGCCAGGUUCAACCCAACCACCCCAGAAAACACCACCUGUUCCAGCGAGAAGGAGGCCGCGCCCAAGAGCAAAGGGAACUUCAGCGCCAAAAUCCCACGGAGCGUUUCCUCCAUUAUGUCGCCCGAGAAACCGGCUCAAAUGCAAAACGGAGCAACAUUUCCCCUUUGGUUUGGCUUUGAGGUUGUUUUGAUAGCCCUCUACCAGCGAAAACAAAGCUUGGGGAUGGUGCAUCCUCCAGCCCCCAUUUUUGCUGGCACAGGCAGCAAGGGAUGA